AACACAAUUCGAUGAAUGCUCGCGACAGCUGGAAACCAGAGAGCUUACUACUGGAAGCGCGACCGAAGGCCAUGGAUCACUGCCUUGCGUGUUAAAAGUUAUCGUUGUCCUUUUUUUAGCAAUUGGUGGCGGUCCAGUGGGAGAAGAAAGUCGAAGUUAAAGAUGUCAGACCGACGAAUGAAAUUCCCUUACACAUUUUCUGCGAAGAUAGCACAAUUUCCAUUGCGGUUCUAUCUUAAGAAUCAGUGGGUCUGGAGAUACUACUUCAUAAGUCUUGUUGCAUGUUCGCCAGUAUUCAUUGCUAUCAGCAGAUUAGCUAAUUCACCAGCAAACAAAGCAAAGUGGGCCGAGAUGAAGAGGAAGGAGCUAGCUGAACAUCAUCAUUAGUGUAGUUGAAUUUGUUAAUGUUGUAGAAUGCUACCUGUACAAUAAAGGUUCUGUUUCACUAUGUA